UUCUGAUUGAAUCCAGUGGACGUGACGUCAUUGUGAAUGUAUAGUGUGUGCGUGCUCAUACUGUAAUUCACAUAGCGCUCGCGCUGACGCUUCCUCAGCUCCAUCCUCAACCACUGCAGCUAUGUCUGACUUUUCAGAGGACCAGAUCUGUGAGUUUAAGGAGGCCUUCCUUCUGUUUGACCGAACAGGAGAUGGGAAGAUCAUGUACAGUCAGUGUGGGGAUGUGAUGCGUGCUCUGGGGCAAAAUCCUGUCAAUGCUGAAGUCCUCAAAGUACUUGGCAACCCGAGUAAUGAAGAUAUGAACAUGAAGAUGCUGGACUUUGAGCAGUUCUUGCCCAUGCUCCAGGCCAUCGCUAAGAACAAGGAUCAGGGUUCAUUUGAGGACUUUGUUGAGGGACUUCGGGUGUUUGACAAAGAGGGAAAUGGGACCGUGAUGGGCGCUGAACUACGGCACGUCCUUACUACACUGGGUGAGAAAAUGACAGAGGAAGAGGUGGAGACUCUUUUGGCAGGACAUGAGGAUGCUAAUGGCUGCAUCAGUUAUGAAGCAUUUGUGCACCACAUUAUGGCUGGCUGAAGAGAGGAACUCGUAAGGAUGGUCAUGAGCGGUUGAAGAUUUGAAACACGUCUGUUUUAUUUUAUUUUGUCUGUCAGCCCCCCCAUUUAUGUAAUUCUGCAUUUCCAUAUUGGCUUUUUUAAAUGGUUUGUCCCUUAUUUUUUUCCUUAAGUGCCUUUUAUCAUGUUUCAGGAGAAUUAUUGCUGGAAUACCUUCCAUUCAGCCAUUACAUUCCACCUCAUGCCUUCCUGCAGUGUUACCAUUCAACCCUAGUCAUGUCUUAAACUGUGAGGGACAUUUUGAUUGGCUACAAUUGUGUUUGGUUAACCUCUUUUUAAAAUGGCCAAAAUGUGUGUGUUUGUAAUUCAUUUGACACCCCUUUUAUCAUCUGCUGUUCAUUAACAUAAUAAAUGUUCAGAGUCUUUGA